AUGGAUCCGUGCCCCUUCGUGCGGAUUCUCGUCGGAAACCUCGCAGUAAAAUCCCCGGCGUCAUCAAGACCAGCUUCUUUCUCGGGCAAAGUGCACCCUUCCACUUCUCCCUUAUUCUGCAAGAUCCAACUCAAGGGAGUGGAUUCGGAUUCCCUUUCAUGCACCAACGUUGCCAGUGUCCCUCUGAUAUCAGACUCGGACCCACACCCUCGCUCCCUCGCAGCAACCUUUGAUUUCUCCAAACCCAAAAUCAUUAAAGCCUCCAAGAAAGCUCUCGUAAGGAUAACAGUUUACAAAGGCCCGGCCACUCCCUCCUGCAUCUUCACCUCGCCCAAAUUGAUAGGCAAAAUCUCCAUUCCCGUCGAUCUCACCCUGGCUGAAUCACGCCCCUGCACCUUCCACAACGGUUGGCUCCCCCUUUCCAAAAACAACAACCAGGCCCAGACCCAGUUUCUUCAUCUAACCGUCCGGGCCGAGCCUGACCCGCGCUUCGUCUUCCGCUUCGACGGGGAACCGGAGUGUAGCCCCCAGGUUUUCCAAAUCAAAGGCGACGUAAAGCAACCGGUUUUCACUUGCAAGUUCAGCUUCAGGGACAAGAACCCAGCUCACUUCCCUUCACCCAACGCCAACCAUUCCGCCGAGCGUAAAGGAUGGUCCAUCACUGUUCACGACUUGUCCGGCUCGCCGGUCGCCGCCGCCUCCAUGGCCACGCCCUUUGUCCCUUCCCCUGGUUCACAGCGGGUCAGCCGCUCCAACCCCGGGGCCUGGCUCAUAAUCCGCCCCGACGGAGACGGCACGUGGAAGCCAUGGGGCCGCCUCGAGGCCUGGCGCGAGCCCAACAACUCCAACGCCGUCGGGUACCGCUUUGAAAUCCUCCCUGCCACCGCUGUCCCCGUCACCCUCGCCGGUUCCAGCAUCAGCUCUCAACACGGUGGGAAAUUCACCAUCGACGCUACAUCCAGCGUCACUCCGGUGAACACCCCGCGCGGCAGCUGGGAUCUGGGGUCCGGUUCGGGCUCCAGUUCGGAUUUCGGGUUGGAACCAAAUUUGUUUUUUAACAAGGGUUUCGUGAUGUCGGCGACCGUGGACGGUGAAGGGAAGUGUAGCAGACCCGAAGUGGAAGUUGGGGUGCAGCACGUGACGUGCACGGAGGAUGCUGCGGCUUUCGUUGCUCUCGCGGCGGCCUUGGAUUUGAGUAUGGAUGCUUGCAAGUUGUUCUCUCAGAAACUCCGGAAGGAGUUGAGGCAGUAG